AUGAUGAAGGCUGCGGUGGAGCCCAUGCAAGUUGAUGCUCCACCAGAAGAUAAUGACAACACCGAAGAGGAGCCUCAUGUUGUAGAAAACCCAACAAUAGAUUUAGAAACUUAUGCAAACAGUUACACAGGUCUUGCUAGACUGAAUAGAUUAAAAUACAUUGCUGACCAUUGCCCUGCUCUUAGGGUUGAAGCAUUGAAAAUGGCUUUAUCAUAUGUUAUGAACACAUACAAUGUCAUUUUAUAUCAACAACUCCAUAAAAGUCUACAAAAUGCUGUUGGAAGUGUAUCAAGUCUUCCUGAUGUUGCUGGAGGAGCACAAUCAACAUCUCAAGACUUUCCUUCAUUAGAUGUUAUUUGGGUUGAAACAAAAUCUAAAAAAGCUGCUGUUAAAUUAGAAAAAUUAGAUGCCGAUUUGAAAAAUUAUAAAUCGAAUUCAAUUAAGGAGAGUAUAAGAAGGGGCCAUGAUGAUUUGGGUGAUCAUUUCUUAGACUGUGGAGAUUUACCAAAUGCAUUAAAAUGUUAUUCUAGAGCUAGGGACUAUUGUACAAGUGGAAAACAUAUUGUCAAUAUGUGUUUGAAUGUUAUUAAAGUGAGUGUAUAUUUACAAAACUGGUCUCAUGUUCUUAGUUAUGUGAGCAAAGCCGAAGCGACACCAGAUUUUUCUGAAAUGCAUUCAAAAGAAAGUCAAUAUAACCAAACAAUUUUAACUAAAUUGAAAUGUGCAGCUGGUUUAGCUGAAUUAGCAUCGAAAAAAUAUAAAUCUGCUGCAAAACAUUUCCUACAAGCAAAUUUCGAUCACUGUGAUUUUCCAGAAUUGCUAUCACCUAGUAAUGUCGCAAUUUAUGGCGGUUUAUGCGCUUUAGCCACUUUUGAUCGUAAUGAUUUACAAAAAAAUGUUAUUGUUAGUAGUUCUUUUAAAUUAUUCCUCGAACUGGAGCCUCAGUUGAGAGAUAUUAUAUUUAAAUUUUAUGAAUCCAAAUAUGCUUCAUGCUUAACACUCUUGGAUGAAAUGAAAGAUUAUUUAUUAUUAGAUAUGUACAUUGCACCACAUGUCAGUAAACUAUAUAUGCAAAUAAGAAACAGAGCUCUCAUACAGUAUUUUAGUCCAUACAUGUCAGCUGAUAUGAAAAAAAUGGCUGCUGCAUUUAAUACUACCGUUCCUGCUUUGGAAGAUGAAUUAAUGCAGCUUAUUCUUGAUGGGCAAAUACAGGCUCGAAUAGAUUCGCACAACAAGAUUCUGUAUGCAAAGGAUGUCGAUCAAAGAAGCACAACAUUUGAAAAAUCUCUUCAAAUUGGAAAAUAUUAUCAAAGAAGAACUAGAAUGUUGAUACUUAGAGCCGCCAUGCUUAAACAUCAAAUUCACGUCAAAAGAGAUAGUACUCAAAGUGGAGAUAUGUCUGUUGCUCCUGGCAAUAGCACAAUGGCUCAGAGAACUUGA